AUGCAUGUUAACAUACAUUAUUUAGCACAAGUAAAUAAAUAUGCAAUUCUGAACAAUUGUAAUGUUCUCAUUAAAGAGAACAAGCAUCAGAAAUACAAGAAGCUGAUUCAGAAAACAAACAAGCAAGAUAUUGAAAAGAUUCUGUUAAUACAAGAGAGCUUCAGACAUAUACUGCUUCUACUACUUGAAGAAGCAUUUAUCAAUAGUAAGUUAUUCUUGAUCCAGUACAUCUUUAAUCUGUAUAAGUACUGUCCAACUCUUUUUACAGACUUACUCCAGCUGAAUAUCAAUCUGCAUGAAAAUGAAUUUGAGAUACUGAAUACUGAAGACAAAGAUAUUACUGAAGCUCUGAAAUGCAUAUAA